CUCGAUCGCGAAAUCCGCGACCCGAAUCACUCCUCAAAUACUCCGAUUUCGCCCUCCGAAUCCGCUCUUCUCUCUCUCUCUCUCUCUCUCUCUCUCUCCUCAACCCACCCUUUUCUCUCUCCCCACGCGUUCGCCCCCCUCUCUCUCUCUCUCUCUCUCUCGCGCUCGUCUCCUCCCCCUUCCACAACCCGAUCUCUAAUUCCCAACACCCAACCCUCCAAUUCGAUCUCCGGAGCUCCCCGAUUAGGGUUUGUGUAGGUCCGUUGCGGCCCCCUGGAUCUGCCGAUGGGAAAGGGUUUCGCGCGUGCGCGACUCGGCGAAGCGGGACGAAUCUAGGGUUUCGAUGCGAUUGGGGCGCGGGAGGUGGAAUUGAGUGCCCCCGGAUUGAUGGUUCGCGCCGCGGGAGGGAUCGGAGCAAACCCUAGCUGGGAAGAUGCAAGGCUAUGCAUGGGCGGGUGGAAGGUGAGGAGAGGAAGCGGCUUCGGCACAUGUGGCCAGCGCCUGCGCCCGCUACAGCAGCACCAGCCGCAGCGAUUCCUCCGCCGCCGGGGGCAAUAAUCAACCCUUCCCCCUCCAAUUCCCAUCCCUCCGCGCCUGAUUCUUUCCUAAAGGACGGGCGUGAGAUUCGAGUUGGUGAUUGUGCUCUUUUCCAGGCUGGAAAUGCCCCACCUUUCAUUGGAAUAAUACGCUGGUUCAGAUCAAGUGAGGAAGAUUAUCUUAAGUUAUGUGUGAAUUGGCUUUACCGACCUGCUGAUAUAAAGCUUGCUAAGGGUAUUACACUUGACGCUGCACCAAACGAGGUCUUUUAUUCUUUCCAUAAAGACGUUGUAUCUGCUGCCUCUUUGCUUCAUCCUUGUAAGGUUGCCUUUCUACGUAAGGGCGUCGAACUCCCACCUGGGAUAUCCUCAUUUGUGUGUAGGCGAGUGUAUGAUAUUGAGAAUAAGUGCUUAUGGUGGCUAACCGAUCAGGAUUAUAUUAAUGAACGGCAGGAAGAAGUAGAUAGACUUUUAGACAGAACGCGACUAGAAAUGCAUGCGGCAGUGCAAUCUGGCGGGCGUUCACCAAAACCAUCAGCGAACAGUCCGUCAUCCACACAACAGUUGAAAUCCAGCUCAGAUACCGUACAAAAUAGCAGCUCCUCUUUCCCGUCACAGGGGAAGGGAAAGAAGAGGGACCGGGCCGAAUCAGGCCCAGAUCCUGUUAAGCGGGAACGUUCCACCAAACCAGAAGAUGCUGAUUCUAGUAGCAUUAAACUUGAAAAUAUGAGGGCUGAAAUUGGUAAAAUAACUGAAAAAGGAGGGCUUUCGAAUGCUGAAGCAGUUGAGAGACUAGUCAACCUGAUAGUUGUGGAUAGAACUGAGAAAAAGAUAGAUUUGGCUGGUAAGGUAAUGCUUGCGGAUAUUAUUGCAGCCACUGAUAGGUAUGAUUGCCUUGGGAAGUUCGUGCAGCUAAGGGGUCUGCCAGUUUUGGACGAUUGGCUUCAAGAGGCACACAAAGGAAAGACUGGUGAUAAUACUAGCCCUAAGGAAAGUGAUAAAGGUGUAGAAGAACUUCUACUGGCUCUGCUUCGAGCGCUUGAUAAAUUGCCUGUUAAUAUUAAUGCUUUACAGACUUGUAAUAUCGGGAAAUCGGUGAACCAUUUGCGAAGCCAUAAAAACUUGGAAAUUCAGAAGAAAGCAAGGAGCCUGGUUGAUAUUUGGAAGAAACGAGUAGAUGCUGAAAUGAAGGUUAAUGAUGCAAAAUCUCUAGUGGCAGGCCAGCCUGUUGCUUGGCCUGGAAAACCGGGUUUUUCAGAUGUUUCUAAUUCAGGAAAUAGACGAAUGGUUUCAACUGAAUUGACCACGAAAAGUUCCUCAGCGCAACCUCCUCCAUCUAAAGCUUUGAUCGGUAAACCUGGACACUCUGAUUCCAAUUCAAAGCCAACUCCAUUAGUAUCUAGUUCAUCAAAGUUGCAAUCACCUUCAAGUGCCGCAGCCGUUAGUACCCCACAGGCAACAGUAAAGGAGGAGAAAAGCAACAGCUCUAGUCAGUCCCAAAACAAUAGUCAGUCUUCUUGGAAGGAGGAUGCAAGGAGUUCAACCGCUGGGUCGAUGAAUGUGAGCAAAGCCUCUGGUGGCUCAUCACGCCAUCGGCGGUCCAGCAAUGGGCUUAUUGGAACAACUGUCUCUGGAUCUCAGAAGGAAGGCAUCUCAGGCAAGUCCACUUCUCCUAACAGGACUGCUUCAUUGGACAAAGCUUUACAAGGUGCACUAGUGUGUGAAAAACCUCUUGAUACGGCAGCUGGUGAUCAGGGGAACAGCCAUAGGUUGAUCGUUAGGCUUCCUAAUCCUGGUCGCAGCCCCGUACAAAGUGCUUCUGGAAGUGCUUUUGAGGACCCAUCAGUUACAGUAAGUAGAGCGGUGUCUCCUGGAAAUGAGAAUAGUGAUCAAAAGGUGAAAGUAAAAAGUGAUGCAUCUCGUUCUUAUACUCAUACAGAAGUGAAUACAGAACCAUCUCAGAGCCAUGAUGCUAAAGAAGGACCAGCUGGUUCUGACGAGGCUGAAGAAACUGUAAGGGCUUCAGAUAUUCCAAAAAUUCCUUUGAUUAAACCCAGUGCAAGAAAUUCUUUCAGCUCUAUAAAUGCAUUAAUUGAAAGUUGUGCACAAUAUGCUGAGAGCAGCACUGCUCCGAUACCAGCUGGGGAUGAUGGUGGAAUGAAUCUGCUUGCCAGUGUGGCUGCUGGGGAAAUAUCUCAAUCCAGCUUGAAUACGCCAUCUGAUUCCCCUGGGGUUUCGCCUGUGGUUGAAGAACCUUGUGGUGGCAACAGUGAGGUUCAUGAUCGUUUACAAUCUGAGGAAGCUGCUAAGAUUGAAUCGGGAAAGAAUGAGCGAAAUGGUGAAAUUAUGGGUGGAGAUGAGCCACAACAAACUAACUUGCCUUUGCAGGAAAAUAAAACUGCUGAGCCUAAUGGACAAUUGCCUGUUGCCAAUUUGAGCCUUGAUAGGAAUGCCGAAUCUUGUGCUAAGUCAAGUGGAAAAGGUGAAGAAGGGAAUGUUACUAGGCCAGGUCCAGUUGACAUGGAGUGUGAAGGUGAUGGAGCCCAUAAUCAAAGGGAGAAAUCCAUUGUUAGUAAGCAGGCUGCUGAUGAUUCUAUUGAUUGUGGGCCCGCAUCGAAGAUUCCGUUAACAAAUGAAAGUAAAUACACAGAUAUUGCUUGUGAAAAAACUGCAGAAGGAGAUGGCAGUGCAGGCACUUCUAAUGUUGUUUCCAACUCCUUGGACAAUAAAUGUGAUAAUGCUGCUGCCUCAAACAGAAAAUUUGAUAAUUUGGUUGUUGAGGAAUCUUCAUCAUGUGCUAAGGACAGAGAAGUACAGAAUGCUACCAACUCGACUGAACAACAUACCCCAUCUUCAGUUCAUGCAGAUGCUAUUGAUAGACCUGAUAAUGUCGAUACCGUUGCUUCAUUUGGAUCCGAUAAAAGCCCUCACCCAGCAAAUGCUGAUGAAUCCCCAUCUAACAGGCCGGCUAGCUUGGAGGUGAACAAAUCAGAACUGAAUACUAAUGAAAAGAAGGAACAGACAGCUCCUGUUGCAUCAAAUAUCCCUGACCAAGUUGGUGGAAAUAAUAGAAUGGAGAAUAAAGUAGCGGAGUCUGCUCGAGAGACUGAGCCAUGUGUGAAACCUGCUUGUGCUAAGCUUUCAGGCAAGAAUGAAGACGGAAAGGAGGCAGUUGGACCAUCAGCUGAUGCAUCUUCUCUGAGUACCAAGUCUGAGCCAGAUGUUGCAACUAGGCUCGACUUUGACUUAAAUGAAGGCAUUGGUGCAGACGAUGCACACCAAUGUGAGCCAGCUACUACCACCUCAUCUACUCCGCUAUUUUCAACGGGAGUCCAUUUGCAUGGUUUCUCUCCUUUUAUAUCACCAUUGCCGAGUGGUGGAUUGCGUGCUCCAAUUACAGUAGCUGCCCCUGCUAAAGGACCUUUUGUCCCACCGGAGAACUUGUUGAAGAGUAAGGCUGAGCCUGGAUGGAAAGGCUCUGCCGCGACAAGCGCCUUUCGCCCUGCUGAACCACGGAAGGUUCUGGAGAUGCCACUUGGUGCAUCGGAGACCGUAGGAUCCGAUGCUGGUGGAAAGCAUGGCCGCCCUAUAUUGGAUAUCGAUCUGAAUGUGGCUGAUGAGAGACUUCUUGAAGACAUGGGCUCCCAGGGAUCGGCUCAGACAACCGGCUCUGCAUCAGGGAGCGUCACUAAUCUUGAUGCCCCGACAAAAACAACUGGUGGCGGGCUUGAUCUAGACUUGAAUCGAGUUGAUGAAGGUCCGGAUAAUGUACAAUCCUUGACUAACAGUAAUCGUAGAUUUCCUACUACAGAGAUUAACGGUUUGAGGGACUUUGAUCUGAACAACGGGCCUGAGCUUGAUGAAGUUGGUGCGGAGCCUGCACCGCGGAACCAAAUUGCAAAAAGUAACAGCAACAUGCCAUUUUUACCUCCUGCUUCAGCCCUCAGAAUGAACAAUGACGAAUUGAGAAAUGUAUCUUCAUGGUUUGCUACUGGGAACUCUUUACCUGCUGUUGCUAUACCAUCUUUCUUACCUGAGAGAGGUGAGCAGCCUUACCCCAUUGUGGCAGCUCCUGGACCACAACAGAGGAUUUUGGGCUCUGUUGCUGGUGGGGCCCCAUUUGGAAGUGAUAUCUAUAGGGGUCCGGUACUCUCAUCAUCUCCCACCAUGGCUUUUUCUCCAGCUACAGCAUUUCCGUACGCGGGCUUCCCGUUCAGCUCCAGCUUCAGCUCCAGCUUCCCUCUCGUCUCAACCUCUUUCUCAGCGGGGUCAACCUAUGCGGACUCGAUGUCCGUAGGACACUCUUUCUUUCCCGCCGCCAUAGCUUCUCAGCUUGUUGGCCCAGCUGGUGCUGGCCCAGCCCAUUACUCGAGGCCUUAUGUGAUCAGCCUUCCAGAAAGCAGCAACAGCGGUGGAUCUGAAAGUAGUCGGAAGUGGGUUAGGCCAGGUCUUGAUCUCAAUGCGGGUCCAGGAAGUACAGAUGCAGAAGGAAAAGACAGCAGAUUGGCUGCAGCAGCUUUAAGACAAGUCCCUGUUGCCACUUCCCAGGCUUUUAUGGAGGAGCAGGGAAGGAUGUACCAAGUACCAGGUGGCGCUAUGAAGAGGAAGGAGCCCGAGGGGGGUUGGGAUUCAGAGAGACCUGGUUAUAAGCAACUCUCAUGGCAGUGAAGAACGCCUCCGAGGAAUCCAUUUCAUUGGCGACUUUAGGGUGCAAGCAACUGUUUCACUGAGUUUUUUGCAAAAGCUCAAUGCAUGCUGGUCUGUGCCCUGGGCCGAUUUGGUAAUCCCUCGGAGGUAACGAGCCUCACUAAUGUAAAUGCUGAGAUGCCAUUCUCUUCUAGAAGCAAUUUUCCAUGGGUUCAGGCAUUGUUGCUGGUUAGAACAGAGGAUGCGGAUUUAGGUGAUGGACGGUAAGUGAAAUUGCUUUUUUCAAAAGAAAACCUGGCUUUCAUCCUCUUAUGAUGAACCCACUGUAAUUAACUUUAACUUGGUUUGUCAAAGUUCUUUGUUUGCAUAAACUUUUCUCUCAAUUUCCCCUUCCCCUCCCCCUCCCCCUCCCCCUUGUUUUCAAAUAUUUUUCUGGUGGGUGGUUACCGCAGCUUAACAUGCAUCUCCCUUGUUCCUUUGAAUGUUACAUUAUAGAGUUGCUGUAUUAGUUACAUAUGCAGUAUGUGCAUCCUUUUUUAACGCCGGACACUCUAGUUAUAUCUCUCUCUACAAAUGAGGUAAAUUCUUAGUGUGGUUUUAGUUUAACAGGUAAAUUAUUCAGAGGAAAAGUUUCUGUUUUUCUUAGUGGAAGAUUUUGCUACAAAUACAGUGUUGUGGUUAAAGGUUGUUGUUACUCGUCGGAGAAUGGUGAUAUUGGUCGAACAGUAUACACACCCAAGUGUUUUAAAUUCUCUUAUCAUUGUUUGUAUGUC